AUGCCUCAACACCUCCCGAAACCACUCACGCUCAUCGUCGCAACGACGCCCAUCCCACCGCUCCGCACAACCCCAACCGGCGAGCAAAUCCCCUCGCGCCUAGGAAUCGGACUAAACGGCACGCUCCCCUGGCCGCGCAUCAAAGCCGACAUGUCAUUUUUCGCACGCGUCACGUCGCGUCCGCCGCGCGCGGGCACCACCAACGCGAUCGUCAUGGGCCGCAAGACCUACGACUCGCUCCCGAAAAGCCUGCGGCCGCUGGGCAAGCGCAUCAACGUCGUCGUGACGCGCGACGCGUCGGGGUCCGUACGCGACACCGUGCUGGGGGAGCUGGAGGCGAAGCGGGCCAAAGCCGCAGCCGCCGCAGCAGCUGCGGCGGGCGAGGGCGUCACAAAAGCGGCCGAGCCGGCCGGGACAGAUGCGAUUGUGUGCUCGGGGCUGGAGGAUGCGCUGGACACGCUGCAGCGGGGAUAUGGUGCGCAGGGGACGCUGGGGAAUGUGUUUGUGAUUGGCGGGGCGGAGAUCUAUGCGGCUGCGCUGCGGAUGGGAGGGACGCAGCCUGUGCGGAUUGUGGUGACGAAUGUGGAGAAGAUAGGACAGGAGCCGGGGACGGCGUCGUGGGAUUGCGAUACGUUCUUCCCUGUGGAUGAGGAGUUGUUUCUGGAGAAGGGGUGGAGGAGAGUUGAGGCUGCGGAGGUGACGGAGUGGGUGGGCGAGCCGGUGUCGUCGGAGUGGAGGGAGGAGGGAGAGGUGAGGAUUCAGAUGGUGGGAUAUGAGCGGGUGGUUUGA